UAAAGUGUCGCCAUGGUGGACGCGCUGAUCGGGCCGCUGGUGGGGAGGCUCCAGGGGCUGGCGCUGAGCCAGGCGCAGGCGCUGGUGGCGGUGAAGAAUGACAUCGGGAGGCUCGGUGACAAGCUCAUGUUUCUGCAGGCCUUCCUCCGCGAGGCCGACGCCAAGCACCAUCUCUUCUCCGACGAGAUCACCAGGGUGUGGCUGAAGCAGACGCGCGACGCCGUCUUCGACGCCGAGGACGCGGUCGAUCACUACUACGUCCAGGUCGACAUGUCAAGGUUUCCAUGGUGGGCUCGUCCAAGUAUGAGAUAUGUUGCAACCUUUACAACACAAGUAAGCAUGCGACACAAGCUGUCUACAAAAGUAAAGGAUAUCAACUCAAGGCUCGAGGACAUCAUUGAAAACAAAGACAGAUACAAAAUGGAGCUCAAUAACACGAAGUCAGAAUUAACAUGGAAAGCUUCUACAUCAAUAUCUUAUGCCCAUAGAAAUAUGGAUGAUUUACUGCCACCACAUGUGCCAAUACACGAAGAUUGCCAAAAGAAACUCGAGAAAGUUUUUCUUACUCCCACUGAACAUGAGAAACUGCAGAGUGAAGAUCACCAUCCGGUUGUGAUCUCAGUGUUUGGAAAAAGUGGCAUUGGCAAGACAACUCUCGUGAGAGAAGUAUAUGAUAAAAUAGCAAAGAAGAAAAUUUUCCAUGUUCAUGCUAUGGUGAGUUUUGUACCUUAUAUGACGGCUACCAAUAUCGUGCUGCAAAUCAUUCAAAAGCUGGCAAAAGAUGAUGAGAAUUACACUAGAAGUGAUGUCGACAGAAAAUUUGAAGAUCAAAUAAGAGGGAAAAAAUACUUGCUAGUGGUAGAUGGUGAAGUUAGCAGCACUGACUGGAAGAAAUUUCUACCUAACCUCAAAGUCGGUGCUAAAGGUAGUAGAAUAGUGCAUAUCACACAGUAUAAACCAGAAGAGCCAUCUAUCAGCUAUCAUCAUGAAAUCAUUAAGUUGGAAUGUCUUGGACAGAAGAAGGCUAUAGAACUAUUCCAUAAGAGGCUACUCCAUAUUGAUGUACAUGAUGAAAAUUUGCAUGAGCACCACCAAGUAAUGCAUAAAAUCACCGAAGGGUUGCCACUUGGUAUUGUUCUUUUAUCAGGUCUUGUACAAACAAAGGAAUCCCAAAGUGAGUGGAACAAUGUAUUUGACUAUCUUAAGUCCAACCAAUCAAAGCGACUACACAGGAUAAUAUCUAUGUGCUUUGAUGAUCUACCACCUGAGCUGAAGUGUUGCUUCCUCUACUUUGCUGCAUUACCGACCAACAUCAAGAUUGAGUCCCAUAUAUUGGUGUGCAUGUGGAUGGCAGAGGGAUUCCUAAGACCAAGUGUUGGGAAGACAAUGGAGAAGCUGGGAUACAUCUACUUGAAUGAGUUGAUUGCAAGAAAUCUAGUUAAGCCUGUGCAUAUGGAUGAGGAAGAUACAUCUAGUGCCGGGAAAAUCUUCGUAACCAUCCAGAACAAAGUCCAUGAAUUUUUGCAGUUUCAAGUACAGGAGGCAAGUUUUGUGGAAGUCCACAGCGGUGAUGACAUCCCCACAUUAACAAGUGCUCGUCGCCUCUCUCUGCAGAAUUCCGUAGAUAAACAUGUCUCUCUUCAGAAUUCCACAGAUAAAUAUUCUGUCCUAGCUAGUUAUUUGCCGAAGCUACGAUCCAUAUUCUCACAUUUUGAACAAGAUCCCAAAGAUUCCAAAGAAGAUAAAACUUAUUUAUGUUGCUCGCCUCAAAUUAGGAAAAUCUCUAAGUGGAAGAGGAACAAAUACAUCAAAUCACAUAUACAAGGAUUAUUGGAUAGAUCUGAGUUCCUUCGUGUCAUCAAUCUACAAGGCAUUGAGAUUGGUAAGAGGUUGCCAUAUGAAAUAGGCAAUAUUGUGCAUUUGCAGUACCUUGGAAUUACAUCUUGUUCAUUAGAGGAAAUCUCGCGAUCCAUUGGAAGGCUCACUAGUCUUCAAACACUAGAUGUGAGGGGAACUAAAGUUCGGGAGCUCCCAUUGUCCUUUUGGAUGAUUAAAGCACUAAGGCAUGUUUUUGGUAGUUUCCUGAAAUUUCCUAAGAAAAUUGGUAGGUUGAACCACCUACAGACACUUGACUCCAUACAACUUGAUCCAUUGGAGCAUCAUUUGGUUGGGACAUUAGGUGAGAUGAUCCAUCUUGAGUACUUAAGGGUUGGGUAUUCUCCAGAAGUGAAUGUGGCGUCUCUUUCAAAUGCUCUAAACAAGCUAGAGAACCUUAAGACUCUUAUCAUAAAAGGUGAAAAAAUUCCAUCAAGUGUGUUCACUAGCUACACUCAUCGUCGCCUCAAGUUCAUAGUACUAGAAGGAAAGCUGGAUUUGCCAUCUAAGUUGAAUGGUGUAUUUUUCCUUCCUAAUCUCAUUACUCUUUCACUGGUGAGAACAAGUAUAUCUCAAGAAUUCAUUGACAAGUUGGCUGAGCUACCCUUUCUUGCCAUCCUUUGCUUGUAUUCCAACUCUUGCAGGGAUGACCAUCUUGUCUUCUCUCCUGGUGGAUUUUGUUGCCUGGAGAAGCUCAUGAUUGAUGUGGAAGAACUAAAGAGAGUUGAGGCAAACCAUGCGCUUCCAAAACUCAGGGAGUUGGAUAUUCACUCCCACUACGGUGAAUAUUAUUGUCUCUUUACUAAGGAAAACGCCAAUCACAAGAAGAAUAUUAUGGUUGAUCUGAAUAAGAAAAUUGUUGAAAGGAAAACUUCGAUCGUUAGAAGACUAUUUGGUUGAUCUUCUGAAAAAGGGAAGUGUUGACAUUUGAUGAACAACUCAAAAUGACACCCAUGAGCUAAAAUGGUAUGCUUUUACCAAGUUAUUAUUUGUGUGACUAGUGGACUCGUUGUA